AUGGGAAGAAAGUCGCUGUACCUUCUGAUUGUGGGGGUCCUUGUAGCGUAUUAUAUUUAUACACCUCUCCCAGAUAAUUUUGAGGAGCCAUGGAGAAUGAUGUGGUUGCACACAUAUCUGAAAACUUCAGUACAUUUGGCUACAUUUAUCGAGCUGCUAGGACUUAACCAUUUUAUGGAUUCCCUUAUGAUUACCAUGAGAUUUAAUGAAGUCCCACCGACCUCAGAUGAAAAUGUCACUGUGACUGAGACUAAAUUCAACAAUAUUCCUGUCCGUAUAUACAUGCCACAGAGGAAGUCAGAAGCUCUAAGAAGGGGUGUGUUUUACAUCCAUGGUGGUGGCUGGUGUUUGGGAAGUGCUGCUUUACAUAAUUAUGAUCUUCUAUCAAGAUGGACAGCAGACAGACUUGAUGCUGUUGUCAUAUCAACCAACUACAGAUUAGCACCUAAGUAUCAUUUCCCAAUUCAAUUUGAAGAUGUGUAUAAUGCUUUAAAGUGGUUCUUACACAAAAAAGUUCUUGCAAAAUAUGGUGUAAACCCUGAGAGAAUCGGUGUUUCUGGAGAUAGUGCAGGAGGGAAUUUAGCUGCAGCCGUGACUCAGCAGCUCUUAAACGACCCAGAUGUCAAGGUCAAACUCAAGAUCCAGUCUUUAAUUUAUCCUGCCCUUCAGACUCUUGAUGUAGAUUCACCAUCAUAUCGAGAAAAUUCACAUUUUCCAGUUCUGUCCAAAUCACUCAUGGUCAGGUUCUGGAGCGAGUAUUUUACUACAGACAGAUCACUUGAGAAAGCCAUGCUGUCCAACCAGCAUGUUCCUGUGGAAUCGAGUCAUCUGUUCCAGUUUGUUAACUGGAGUUCCUUACUCCCCGAGAAGUUUAAGAAAGGCCACAUUUAUAAGAAUCCAACUCAUGGUAGUUCUGAGCUGGCAAAAAAGUAUCCAGGAUUCCUAGACGUGAGGGCAGCACCUCUGCUGGCUGAUGACAAGAAGUUGCGUGGUUUACCCCUGACCUAUGUCAUCACCUGUCAAUAUGAUGUCUUAAGAGAUGACGGACUCAUGUAUGUCACCCGCCUUCGGAACGCUGGAGUUCAGGUGACCCAUAACCACAUAGAGGGUGCAUUCCAUGGAACACUUUCAUUUCCUGAAUUCAAAAUUAGUUACAGGAUGAAAAAUCAGUAUAUUAAUUGGCUAAGGGAAAAUCUAUAAUAAAACAUUUAUCAAUGAUACAUUUUCAGAAUAAAGUAAAUCUCAAA